GUGACCGUCAGACCGAGGCUGGGUCAUGUGAUCGCUCCUCACAGCCCAGGCGGCCGUGGCGGUUGUUGGUGUGUGGAGAGAUAACCCGAGGGAGCGCCAUGGAGUUCUUGCUGGGAAAUCCGUUCGGAACCCCGGUCGGGCAGCGGAUCGAGAAGGCCACCGAUGGGUCGCUGCGUGCUGAAGAUUGGGCCUUGAACAUGGAGAUCUGUGAUAUAAUCAAUGAGACAGAAGACGGUCCAAAAGAUGCCUUAAGAGCAUUAAAGAAGAGAAUUGUGGGAAAUAAGAAUUUUCAAGAAGUAAUGCUGGCCUUGACGGCUCUUGAGACUUGCGUAAAGAACUGUGGCCACAGAUUUCAUGUCUUGGUAGCCAGUCAAGAAUUUGUGGAAGGUGUUCUUGUUAAAACCAUCCUUCCGAAAAACAACCCUCCGACCAUUGUCCACGAUAAAGUACUUAAUUUGAUACAGGCUUGGGCGGAUGCCUUUCGUAGUUCACCAGACUUGACUGGAGUAGUGGCUGUAUAUGAAGACCUCAGGAGAAAAGGAUUAGAGUUUCCAAUGACUGAUCUAGACACGUUGUCCCCUAUUCAUACACCUCAAGCGAGUUGCUCCAGACCAGAGCCCACUGCCCUCCCUUCAUCUAACACCGUUCAAAGAGGGGCAUCAGUAAGAGGUUCUGCACCCCCACCAUAUGUGGCUCCUCCUACUGCAGCCGUAGCCCCUGCAGAUUCACCUGUUGCACCCACACCUGAACAGGUGACAAAGCUGCGUAGUGAGUUAGAGGUGGUAAAUGGAAAUGUGAAGGUCAUGUCGGAGAUGCUUACAGAGAUAUCACCACAGACAGCCAUGCAGUCUGAUGUGGAGCUCCUGCAGGAAUUGAACCGGACAUGCCGAGCCAUGCAGCAGCGAGUUCUUGAGCUCAUUUCCAGGAUAACCCAUGAACAGCUCACAGAAGAGCUCCUAAUUGUGAAUGACAACAUCAACAAUGUGUUUCUUCGCCAUGAAAGGUUUGAGAGAAUGUUUGCUGGUCAACAGGGAACAGCUACAGUACAGACUCAGGUUCCAAGGGAGAGAAUCCCUUCCUCAUCUCUCAUAGACCUAGCAGCUCCAUCUUCUGCUGUCCAGCCCCUUCCUCCAUCAUACUCGUCACUAUCGGCUCCUAGCAGCUCACCACAGCAAGUGGAAAACCUUUCCACCCAGCUAGCAGGCAUAGAUACGGGCUCUGGAUCUGUGAGCGUAACCUUACAAUCUCUGGAAAGCAACAAGAAACCUGAUGACGAGUUUGAUAUGUUCGCUCUCACCCGGGGAAGCUCUCUAGCAGAACAGCGUAAGAGUGUGAAAUAUGAAGACCCGCAAGCCAGAGAUGGACUGGCUGGGGCUCUAGAUACCCGACAGCAGAACACUGGCGCGAUUCCAGCCACUCAUGCAAACUUCAUGGAGGAUAUCGAGAAGUGGCUUUCUGUCGACAGAGGUGAUGAAGUUGAGGGAGAUGAUGGUGUAACCAGUGAAGAGUUUGACAAAUUUCUUGAGGAGAGAGCGAAGGCUGCUGAUCGAAUUCCACCACUGCCGACCCCACCCACUAAUGCACCUCAGGCGGUCUCAAGUACUGUGCGAAACAAGAAGGAUAAGGAAGAAGAUUCCCUGUUUGCUUUGUGAGACCACUCUUCAUCGGGGAGGUGUUUAGGAAUAGAAGGCGUUAACAAUAUCCCAACAGACUUGACCUGCUGGAGUUCUGAAAAAUACGGUUCCAUGUUCUAAAAUAAGACCAGCUUUGCUUGUGGUACGAGAGUCUGCAUACAUCUGGACUACUUCUUUUCACUAAGCUUACGGAUCUGUGGAUAUUGCCUUGUCUUUUUUUUUUUUUUUUUUUCCCAUUGCUGAAAUGUAUUUGCAAUUUACCUGGUAACUUCUAUCCAGUGUCAUCAUGCAACUGUAGAGAAGGCAUUCUGUCAGGAUCCGUAAUCGCACACAGGUAGUCGAGCAUUGCUUACUUCAUAUUAAUUUAUGAUUUGGAAUUCUUUAGCACUACAAAGGCUCUAAAUGUCUGAAUAUGCCACAUUCACAUUCAACACCAAACAUACAUACUUAGAUUUCUAUCCUCCAACAAUGUAGUUCUAUGAUCAUCUAGCAAUUGCCUAAAGUGCCUUUUUGGUAUUGUUUCAUAAUUAUCACGAUGUACACAAAGUGUUAAAAAUGUUCAGCGGUUGCAUUGUUUUAGGUUGGUGCACAUGGUUAAAUUAUACAGUGCUGUUGGAUAUAGUUCCUCUAGAGUUCUUGGGGUUUCAGUUACCUCUAUCAGAGGUGCCCAAAGUAAAUCCUUAGCUGUACUACAACUCCCAUGAAUACUCUGCCGGCACUAACAUCAAGGGAGUUGUAGGUGUACAACAGCUAUGGAUCCACUUUGUGUCAACCCAGACUAUAUUUGUUGCAAUAUUUUGGAGCUGCUUGCACUGCUGUCAUAUCCAUAAAUCUAAAGAUGCUAUUCCAAACCUGAUCUCAUCUCCGUAUGCUGCAUUCUUAUAUGGUUGUAAAGACCUACUUCAUCGGAGAUUAAAACAGAACACUCUCAAAACAGUACACAAUUGUGAUUAAAUUGUACUUGAACAGUGUUACGUCCAUCCUUAGUAAUACGCGCAGCUUGCUGUUCUCUGCUUGUCAUUUUUAUCGCCUUAACUGCUGCUAAAUAUUCCUUGCCGCGGUACACUACUUUGUACAACACAUCAAGGUAAUGAUACGGACACUUUAAACUUUGAAAUGAUUCCCUCUAAUUUUAAUAACGGUGUCUCUUAAGUUGUGCUGGAGUUUUCUAAAAAAACGAAACAUUUAAAAGUGUGUGGUUUU